AUGAAGUCGCAGAAUUUGAUACCCAAGGAUGAGGAUGAUUCGGAGCAUGAGUUGAAAAUUGAUGAAGAUAAUGAGCAGCUUAAUGAAGAACCUGAGAUAAAGCCGCACCCAAUGGAGAACAAAGUGUUCGUAUGGAACGACAUAAUGGUACCGAUGGACAUCGAAGUGGAUGACUCAAUCUACGAGUACACCGAGGAUAAAGUUGACGACAACGUCUCAUUGGACCUGUCUACCAGGACCCAGUCGCCCAUGGACAGCGAGAGCAGCUUCGUCGGGCAGGAGGUCAGUCAGCCGGUCAGCGGGGUAGGCACUCUCCUCUGCCCACCAAUGAGAAGAUCCCAACGCAUGGUAAUGAUAUUUCAGUGGCGCAGCACAAGAGGGUCUUCAAAUGUCCGCAUUGCACCUUCUGGGCAUCUACAGCCUCCAGGUAUGUUAUGA